GCAACCCAACAAGCCAAUCCACAACAUCACCAUAGCAACCAAUAUGAUUACCCUCACAACUCAGGCCAAACCUACCGCAAUGGCCACCCUAGUGGACCUCCUAGCUGGGCAACCCAGCCUAUUCCCCACCAAAGGGGUGGUCAGAUCCCUCCUGAAGAAGACCCGAUAGUUAGGGAGCUACAUGGGGAGCUUGAGAAAGCUCAAGAUGACAUAACAGAACUUGUUCAACUCCUAAAGGAGAAAGACCACGACUUGCAGGAUACAAUGGCACAAACAGGAAGGUCAAAUCAAAUUGUUGGUAUGCAUCACAUCUGUCUAAUUCCUAUUUAUUGUUGUCUUAUGUUUUAAUAAUGAGAACACAUUUGGGAACACUGAUUUUACUAUUUUGUGCUUUGUCAAGUCA